AUGUUGGAAGCAUUUGAAAUCCUCACAACCUCUGGUGUGGUCCUAUGGUCCAAGUCCUACGCACCAGUGGGGUCGCAUGUCAUUAACAGCCUGAUCAACGACGUUUUUAUCGAAGAGAAAGUCGUGCCGCAGAGCGCUCUGGGCAGCGGGGUUUCGCCCGUUUUCAAAAAGGAGAAAUAUACGCUCAAGUGGAGGAAAUCGAAGGAGUUCAAUUUGAUCUUUGUGGCCGUCUACCAAUCGCUGCUGCACCUUGGAUGGAUCGAUAAACUCCUUGAGAAUAUAUCAACUAUCUUCGUCGACCUGUACAAAGACCAACUGAAGGGGAACCGAGUAAGAAUUACCACCUACCGAUUCGAUCCAUACUUUGAACAACAAGUGCGGGAGCUCGAGGACAACACUGGUAGCGUCGCUGAGACGUAUGCUGCUGAGACUGGGGAAAGAAAAGACCCGCUUGUCUCAUCGGAUAAUGGUGGUCCGCCGCCGCCGCCGGUGCCUGGUCUCUUGAAGGCGCAGCAUGGCGCUGCGCUAGCCGGGGCGACCUCUGACGAGGGCACGCCACCGGCAACUCCUGAUACUUCUAGGUCUUCGACUCCCAUCGCAAGUCACAUCUUCACUGGAAAGACCGGACCUGCGGGUCGAGUCUCGCGUCGCGCACGCAAAGCGGCAAAUGCAAGCGCCAACGCCUCGUCAGGUGACGAACAUUCUCGAAAGGGGAAAUCUACUCCCAAGGGCUCUGCAAAGAAGAUGCGCAAAUGGGAUGCCAGUGGAUUUGCGGAUGAAGAUGAUGGAGAGAUUCUGGAUUACUCGGCCCCGGCAGCCGACACAGAUGCCGCUGGUCCAGUUGUCGAGGCGGUCUCUCAAGAAGAAAUGGGCACCAGGACUGGAAAAGGACAAUUCGUGUUGAAGGAUUUGGGCGACGAGGUUCACAAUAUUCUCGAAAAUGCAGAUGCCGAGAAGAGCAAGGAUAGCGCGACAUCCGGCGUUGUAGGCACCGGCUUCAAUGCAAUUGGAGGCUUUUUCCGCAACAUUGUUGGUGGCAAAGUUUUGAGUGCUGCCGACCUCGAGAAGCCGUUAAAGGCCAUGGAAGACCAUCUUUUGAAGAAAAACGUUGCUCGUGAAGCCGCUGUUCGUCUUUGUGAGGGUGUUGAGCGCGAGCUGGUCGGCAAGAAAACCGCCAAUUUCCAGAGUGUUGAUGCUGCUCUCCGCAUUGCUAUGGAAGCGUCACUGCGCAAGAUUCUGACUCCAACUUCUUCCUUGGACCUACUGCGGGAGAUCAAUGCCGUGACUGCGCCAACCACAAAGCAGCAUGCGCCUCGGCCUUAUGUCAUGUCUAUCGUCGGCGUCAAUGGGGUAGGCAAAUCGACUAAUUUGAGCAAAAUUUGCUUCUUUCUCCUGCAGAACAACUACCGAGUCCUCAUUGCGGCUUGUGACACCUUUCGGUCUGGUGCCGUGGAGCAAUUGCGUGUCCAUGCCCGCAACCUGAAAGAACUCAGUGCCCGUGAGAAUGUCGGCGAAGUGGAGCUAUAUGAGAAGGGCUACGGCAAAGAUGCUGCCAACGUUGCCAAAGAUGCGGUGGACUAUGCCGCCGCCAACAAGUUUGAUGUUGUCUUGAUCGACACGGCUGGCCGUCGCCACAAUGACCAGCGACUUAUGUCCUCACUUGAGAAGUUCGCUAAGUUUGCCCAGCCGGACAAGAUCUUCAUGGUUGGAGAGGCGCUAGUUGGAACCGACAGCGUCAUGCAGGCGAGAAACUUUAACCAGGCCUUUGGAACUGGCCGGAAUCUGGACGGCUUCAUCAUUAGCAAGUGUGACACAGUGGGUGAUAUGGUGGGAACGCUUGUCAGUAUGGUCCAUGCUACGGGUAUUCCCAUUGUCUUCCUGGGUGUCGGACAGCACUAUGGAGACCUGCGCGGGCUGAGUGUUCCUUGGGCUGUCAGCCUACUGAUGAAAUAA